AUGAAGGUUUUCGUCGUUGUCGCCAUUAGCUUCGCCCUCGUGGCUGGUGAAAAGUCGAAAACCGUCGACAAACGCAGCCCGUGGCAGUAUUACGGUGGAUUUGGAGCCGGGUUGGCGCGAUCGGAUGACGUACACCACCAUGGCCAGCAACAGUUCGGUGGGGGUGGUGGUAGCGGGUGGCACCAGGAGUACCACCCCCAACCGCAGCACCACUUCGAGGAGGGUUCGAUAGCUGGUGGUAAAGCCGUGGUGCAUCCCGUGCACGAGUGGCAACAGGUGGAUCACCAGGCGAGCGAAGGACCUCAGGUGCAUUAUCAGAGCGAGCAGCACGUGGCACACCAUUACGGUUCGUCCUUCCAGCAGCCCCGGGUGGAGCAAUCGUACGACUGGCACCAUCAGGCGCUGCAUGACGAAGGACCGAAGGGGUGGCACCAGCAGGGUGGAUCCUCCCACGAGUGGCAUGAUGAGGAGGUAAAGGACUCGGGAGCGGGCGAGUGGGCACCGAUCGGUGGCCACAAGGAGCAUACGGUGCAAUCGCACGCCACGGAAUCGUCGAAGGAACACCACGAGGAGUGGACACCGGUGGAGGGGAAGGGAGGGGAGCACCACCACGAGGAGCACCAUCACACGAAGAUCAUUAAGGUGCCGUAUCCGGUGCACAUCGAGAAGCCGUACCCGGUGUACAUCGAGAAGCCGUACAUCGUGGAGAAACCCGUGCCACUGAAGCUGUACAUCAAGAAGAAGCACCAUCACUAG